UCCUGCUCCCGCUGCUGCUGCAGCGAACCAAGCGAAGAGCCACAACUGAGCAACCGGGCAGCCUCAGUGAGCGAGCGCACCGUGACCACCGAGAGAAGAAAAGGCUUAACUUUUUUUGGUUUCUCCAAACGUUAUUUGCAUCAAUAUUAUCAGUUAUAAAGGAUUGCGAAUAUUAGCUGCUCGGUUUGGGAUGACCGAGUGCACGCUGUAGCUGGUGUUUUCUCUCCGCUGUGUGGAUUAUUGUUCGCUGUGUUGAAAAAGCAGGAGGCCCCGCGGUGAAUGCGUGUGUGCAGGCUCGGGGAUGAUAAUGAUGAGGUUUCAGUGGGGCUGCAGCGGGUGAAUUGAACUGGGCUUUUAUGUUCUUCUUCUCCACUUUGAUUUCCCUUACCUUCAUAAAAAAUAAUUCCCCCAAAAACUGGACCCUCCUGGAGCUGUUUAUGAAGACUUUGUGUGGACAGUAAUGAGCGCACGCUUCCGAUUGCCUGCUGGCAGAUCCUACAAUGUCCGAGCGUCGGAGCUGGCACGAGACAGACAGCACACAGAGGUGGUCUGUAACGUACUUCUGCUCGACAACACUGUUCAGGCCUUCAGAGUUAACAAGCACGAUCAAGGACAGGUCCUGCUGGAUGUAGUCUUCAAACACCUGGAGCUGACGGAGAGGGACUACUUUGGGCUGCAGCUUGCCGACGAUUCUUCUGAUAGUCCGAGGUGGCUGGAUUCAAACAAACCCAUUAGAAAACAAUUAAAAAGAGGAUCUCCUCACAAUUUAAACUUCAGAGUAAAAUUUUUUGUGAGCGACCCGAAUAAGCUUCAGGAAGAUUACACAAGGUACCAGUAUUUCCUGCAGAUCAAACAGGACAUCCUCAGUGGAAGGCUGCCUUGCCCCCACAACACUGCCGCCCUGCUGGCUUCAUUCUCAGUUCAGUCCGAGCUGGGAGACUACAGUCAUUCUGAGCACUUGCCCGGCUACCUCUCCGAGUUCUGCUUCAUCCAAAACCCGCCCCAGGACUUUGAGAAGGAAAUCGCCAAGCACCAUCAGCAGCACACAGCACUGUCCCCCGCCCAGGCUGAGCUCAGCUACCUUAACUCUGCGCGCACGUUGGAGCUCUACGGAGUCGAGUUGCACUAUGCAAGGGAUCAAAGUAACACUGAGAUUUUAAUUGGGGUGAUGUCAGCAGGGAUCGUCAUUUAUAAGAACAGGGUACGAAUCAACUGCUUUCCAUGGUUGAAGAUUGUAAAAAUAUCUUUUAAAUGUAAACAGUUUUUUAUUCAACUCCGGAGAGAAUUGCAUGAGACGCGGGAGACUCUGCUGGGGUUCAACAUGGUGAACUACAGGGCCUGUAAGAACCUGUGGAAGGCGUGUGUGGAGCACCACACCUUCUUCCGCCUCGACCGCCCCCUCCCCCCGCAGAAGAACUUCUUCGCGCAUUACUUCACCCUGGGCUCCAAGUUCCGCUACUGUGGAAGGACGGAGGUGCAGUCUGUACAGUAUGGAAAGGAGAAGGGGAUCAAAGACAGGGUGUUCGCCAGGUCUCCCAGCAAACCCCUGGCCCGGAAGCUGAUCAGCGGAACGGACUGGGAAACGGUCAGCCGGAAUUCCCUGUCGGACGAGCGGUUGGAGACCCAGAGCCUGCCCACACGCUCUCCGCCCGGCACGCCGAACCACAGAAACUCCAUGUUUGCACAAGAGGGGACCCGUAUACGACCGUCUUCCGUCGGACACCUGGUGGAUCACAUCAUCCACACCUCGCCCGGUCAGGUCUUCGCCAACCACAAGUCAGCCUCCUCCACCCAGGCCAACAGCAUCAGCUUGGACUCCACACCGUCUCCGGAUGGUACCAUCGAUGGGCAGCCUCCCGCUUUGCCACCCAAACAGUCCCGGAAGACCGUCUAUAGCCAGAUAAUCCAGUCCCAUUCCCAGCAGGAGCUGGACAACCACGUCAACGAGAUGUACGACGUUCCGGCCACCUCCGACAAAUCCAUGCUGAACGGGGUCGUUCCUCAUGACAAUCUUGUCCUGAUCAAAAUGAGGCCUGACGAAAACGGCCGGUUCGGCUUCAACGUGAAGGGUGGCUCCGAUCAGAAGAUGCCUAUCAUAGUGUCACGGGUGGCUCCCGGAACGUCGGCCGACCUGUGCGUGCCUCGUCUGAACGAGGGGGACCAGGUGGUGCUCAUCAACGGGCGGGACAUCUCCGAGCACACCCACGACCAGGUGGUCAUGUUCAUCAAAGCCAGCUGCGAGAGCCACUCAGGAGAGCUCGUUCUGCUGGUCCGGCCCAAUGCCAUCUACGACGUGGUGGAGGAGAAGCUGGAGACGGAGCCGGACUUCCAGUACAUCCCGGAGAAGUCCCCGGUGGACCCGUCUCAGCUGGACGAGGACGCGUGGAGGGGCGCCAUGCAGCAGCUGAAGGAGGGUCUGAGCAGCGGUGCGCUGUUGGCUCAGUUCGAUCAACUUUACCGGAAAAGGCCUGGAAUGACAAUGUCGUGUGCCAAAUUACCUCAGAACAUUUCCAAAAACCGAUACAGAGACAUCUCACCUUAUGAUGCGACGCGUGUUAUUCUGAAGGGCGCGGACGACUACAUCAACGCAAAUUACAUCAAUAUGGAGAUCCCUGCCUCCAGCCUGAUUAACCGCUACAUCGCCUGCCAGGGCCCGCUGCCCAACACCUGCCCAGACUUCUGGCAGAUGACCUGGGAGCAGGGCUCCUCCAUGGUGGUCAUGCUCACCACCCAGGUGGAGCGAGGACGGGUGAAGUGUCAUCAGUACUGGCCCAACCCCUCUGUCACCUGCACUUACGGGAACUUCCAGGUGGCCUGUCUCUCUGAAGAAGGGAACUCUGCAUUUCUCGUCAGGGAAAUGACUCUCACCAACCUGGAAGCCGCUGAGAGCCGGCAGCUGACCCAGAUCCAGUACCUGGCGUGGCCCGAUCACGGAGUGCCGGACGACUCCACCGACUUCCUGGAUUUCGUCAGCCUGGUGCGCAGCAAGAGGGCCGGGAAGGACGAGCCGGUGGUGGUGCACUGCAGCGCCGGGAUUGGCCGGACCGGAGUUCUCAUCACCAUGGAAACAGCGAUGUGUUUGAUCGAAUGCAAUCAGCCCGUGUACCCGUUAGACAUCGUGAGGACAAUGCGAGACCAGAGAGCCAUGAUGAUUCAGACCCCCAGCCAGUACAGGUUUGUGUGUGAAGCCAUCCUGAAGGUGUAUGAGGAAGGACUGGUCAAGCCCCUGAAGGCCGCCCUGUACGAGUAGAGGGGGAGCGCGGCGACCGAAGCCCAGCACGGCGGGGAGACCGGCUCGGGCUGCGCCCGGCUGCCGGCACCGCCCAGCGGCUUCUCGCCGUCCUCCUCUCCUCCUCUUCCACCACUCCACCAGGGGAGACGCCGGGCGGAACCUUGGGAGCUUCCGACAUUUUUGGGGAAAACCGCACUGCUGCACUUUAUGUUGACGAAAAAAAAGAAAGAAAAAAAAGAAACUAGAAGAUGCAUUCAAAAACAGAAAAAAAAAAUCCACCACAAAAUGAAUAGGGACUCGUAGGGACAGCGUGUGUUCAGGGUAAAGAGAAGUGUGAAAACAGAGAUUGCUGUAGUGCCAUAACUAAGAAGGGCCAGAACCUUCACCGUCAAAAAAAAAAAAAAAAAAAAAAAAAAAGCAUUUCUGAUUCUUUCUAGUUGCCCAACUUCCCUCCAGCACCACCACGCGAAUCCACGAGACGGACAUUGUUUUUCACCCGCACGGUCCACCUCCAUGAACAGCAGCUCUUUUUAAAGGAUAUUUAUUGUUUUAGGUUAAUGUUAAAGUCUAUUGACUAUGGAUUCCAUUUCUGUCCUCUAGGUUAUCCCUCUGCAGCAGAGAUCAUAAGGUAGUGCUAAUUGCUCUAAGAUCCUGUUAAUAAUUUUUUUUAAUGGAAGAUCCUGUUUGCUUUCUUUUGAAAGGUACUUCCAUGGUAGACAGGUACUGUAGAGCACUUUGAGCCACACAUGCUUUUUUUCUCUAUAUUAUCUCUCUCGCGGUGAGCUUCAGACGAUCUCUCUCGCCAUCAGUAUCGCUCGUGAUUAUUUUGCUCAAAUCAGAUGAACGUUCUGCCUGCCUGCAUUUCCCAUCCUUAAGUGUGUCUGUAGUUACAAAAUGGCCGCUGUCUGGUGCAGCAGAGGCUUCAGGCUUCUCACCGUGCCAAAGCAUCGUACGUCUGAGAGGCACGGAACAGACCUGGGUCAAAUAUAUAAUCGUUCUGGAUUCAAAUAUGCUACGCUUUACUGGGUUGUCUUGUUUUGGAACCUAUGAAAUACUCCCAAGUUCAAGCCCUGUCUUCUGGUCCUCUUGUUUGGCUCAAUUGCUUCAGGCAAGAUCACACGAGCAGUAAGUUAUUUGAAUCCAAAAUGCUGAAGCAAUUGACCCAGGUCUGGUUGGGAAUGAAGCUCUGAGACACAGUCCUGGUACAAAAUGAAACCUAAGUUAUCAGUAUGAAUUCCCCUUUAAAUUAUUUUCUCUCUUUUAUUUCUUUUUGUUUUCCGAAUCUUAAAAUGCGAGCUUGCAAAAAAUGAGUGUUUCCAGUUAGUUUUAUUUGUUUAGACUGAAGAUAUAUUUUUUGUAAGGUACUCCGUUUUCAUUGGAGAUAAUGUCUGGGUUUCGGUACAGAUAACUGCGCUUUGGGUACAGGCAAAUGAGAUUUGGGUACAGGUCAAUGAGGUACAAGCGACUGAGGUUUGGCAUUCACACCAGGUUCUUUGCAGUGAUGCUAACGCCACUAAGCUUGACGUAGAAUUUGUACUCUGAGUAGUUGAACUGUGUUGUUGUUGCCGUUAGGUUUUAAGUGAGGUUUUUGUACUUGUCAUAUUAUUUCAGCUUUUUUUUUUUUUGGUGGGGUGGGUGGGCAGGGCAGGUUCUUGUUUAUCACAUUUCCUUGCACAGUCUGCAUGGCCCUGUAGGGGGUGCUGGAGAGCAUGUGGUCUGUGUGAGGUCAUCAUUUGCGCUGAUAAAAACACAUUCGACAAUGCCGGCUGGUGUAGAUAAGACUCAUCCCCCCACCCAACUCUCACACACACACACACACACACACGCACGCACACACACACACACACACACACAAAAUCCAGUCUAUCUAACACCCCCCUCCUGCAGUAGGCUGUACAGUACUAAUUUUAUACACACUAUUACAUCAGCACUGACUUCAGCUCCAGUGGUGACUCCCCCUCCCCCCUCGCACCCCCUUAGGUCCUUACAGCGUCACCUCAAAUCUUUCGGCAAGGCAAAUUACAAACUCUCAGCCAUUGGCCCCCCGCUCUGUGGCUAGCAGGGUGCUUCAGAUCCGUUCCUUCGAUUAGGUACACAACCGUUUACCCUGGGAAGGAAAUGCCACAUCACAGUUCUACUUCCUACUACCAAGCAAGACUUGAUAUAAAAACCCAGACGGUCCAUACGUAGGUCUCAGCCAGGGUUUCAAGCCCUUGCUCGCUCUCUCUCACGCUGUCCGAGCCUCGCUGGCGUGGACGCCGAGUCACCGGCCCGGUGAGUUGAAUGUGGUGUCUGGGAAGGAGGUUGAACGCCGGAGGCCGCAGUCAGCAGUGACCUCCUGACGGUUGUGGUAGCGCGUUUUAAAACGACACGUGCAAGUCUGCCGUUUCCGCGGAGACUCUCGUCACCCGUACGGCCGUCCCUGCAUUCAAAGCGGCGUUUAACGAUCUCCACAGAAAUGUCAGAGGCUUUUAAAGAUGGCCACCUAGCCAGUUCGGUGCUCUUCACUCAUUCAGCUAAGAAAAUGGGACACAUAAGAGGACUGGGGUUGCAGGACCAAUAUUUGUUCAUCCUCUCGAAUGUUCAGCAAAGAGCUUUGUCUGAAUUAACCAAGUGUUGUAAUAGCAUAAGCUAUAGAUUUGCUAUGGGAUAUUACUGGGUUAGGGUUGGGUAGGUUGUAUUUUUGUAAAAGAAACACUUCUUGGGAAUGGACAGCACUUUGCAGCUGACUAUGUAGCCUUUAGUGCUACUCAACAAGUCGUCCUGGGGGGGGGGGAAAGAAAUUACGUGAUUUUGAAAUUUUAUUUAUCAUUUACUAUUUGUUAAAUAAAGACACCUAUAGGGAAAAAAAUCUAAACUUCAUAGUGCCACUUGUUAAUUUUGUGUAAAUAAAUUAGAGCGUGUAAAUACAAUGUUGUAUAUUAAAAAUCUUUAAAAUAAAAAGGAAAAUCAUGUCUGAGUUUAAAUGUUAUUUUUAUAAAAAAAAAACUGGAAAAAGGUCUGGGAAAUGCAUUUGAAAUGCAUGUUUCCCUGCGACACAACAAAUGCAGCAACUUUAAAGAUUGGACAACAUUUGAAAAGAUUGCUGGUAUAAAGUGCUCUCCAUUGUUCCAGACACAUGCGGAGAGGGGCGAAAGCACGGUUGAAUGAAAGGUACGUCUCGGAGAAACCGGGAGAGAAGAUACGCCAAAAAAGAGCAACUCGUCUUAACGCUUUAUUUCGCAACCCUGUCACUUCUGAACAUGUUCAUUAUCAGACCUGGGUCAAACACAUAAUUGUUUUGGAUUCUAAUACUUUUCAACACUUUACAGAGCUCGUCUGGUGUACUGGUCUAUGAAAAACACUCUUUAAAAAAAAAAAUUUAAAAAAAUUUUAAUAAAAAAAAAAAAAAAAAGUCCUGACCCAGCCUUCUGGUCCUCCUGGUUGGCGCAGUUGCACUAGGCACAAUUAGUCGGGCACAGAAAAGUAUUUGUAUCCAAAACAUUUCGUAUUUGGCCCAGGUCUGCUUAUUAUGUGAUGCUUUUUUUGGUAGAUUUCCCAUAAUCCACUGGAACAUAGUGGUGGGCUGUGAUUAGAAUGGGAGGGGCUGAGCUCACAAUGCAGGACGCUUGCAUGUUGCAGGGUUUCUGUAGCAUGUGGACAAAUGGAGGAAUCGCAUUCAUCUUGUAAGAUGUGUUUCGGGUUGCUAUGCUGAGCUGCUGGUCUUGUGAUAGCUGAUCAGUUUCACUUACAGUUUUUCUAUUUUUUUCCUUUUUUUUUUUUUUUCUCCCCCCCCCAUUAAAAAAAGAAGCUUGCACCUUAACACCGUGAGACUUAACCGAUGCUGAGAGAGGGGAGGCAGUUCAAAUUGAAUAGUUUCUCUCCCACAUUCAGACAUUUUUCUUUCAAGCCACUGAUUUUAUAGAAAUUCCUUCUCAAAUGAAACGUAUUUUUUGGAAAUUAAAAUGUGAAUUUUAAAUGUUUAUGAGUGGGAUUUUCUUUUGCUGUGUCAUUGCACAUAUUAAUCUGGUUAAUAUUGCAUGAGAAGAUCAAAAGUUCUGAUGGUACUGACUGUCAUGAGACUGCCUUUGGAUGUUUCCAGAUAUUUAAAUGCUGAAAGGAAUAUGUGCUAGUAAUAUUUGUGCAAAUGACAAGGGAGCAUGGGAAAACCAUGACCUUUUGAUUUGAAAAUCCCAUUGUGAAUAUUACUGUUCUUCUCAGUAAUCAAUGUUAAGGUUUAUAGACCUGAUAAGAGAAGUGUAUCUACUUUUAAGGUCUGUUAGAUAUUUUGAAAAGCUGGCUUUGUCAAAACUGCAACUUGAUAUUGCUUUUGAAACAUCUUUGCCUAACUUAUGAACAUCCUCUUUCACAAGGGGACGCAGAUAGCUCUUUUGAAUUUGUUCAGCUGCAUUAAUCAUUAAUUAAUGAAUGCUUGUCAGAUGAAAAUUCACUUGUGUUUACAUAAGCUGCUUAAACCAUGUGCUCAAGACUAUGAUCAGAGUUUGCAGUGCUGAGACAUCCAAGUGUGGGCCUGUCCUUGAUCAAAAAUUUAGCUUUUCUACAAAACUCAAGUAUUUUGUUUUGACUUCUCAUAAAUGUCAUCCUUUCUCUCAUUAUAUGUUAAAUAGAUUGAGUUGCUCAAGAGUUAUUUCCUCAAACUGCACAAUUGAUAUAAAUAGCUAGACUUUAUCAGUGGCUGCUCUUAAUUAAAGCUAUUGUUGGGAGGCUGUACAUUAUCAACUGACUAUAGAAAGAUAUACAAAUGUUCUUUGGUGUCAUACUGUACGAAAAUGAAUGUAUCAAUCUUUCGGAUACUAGAAAUCAAAGGGGAUAGUGAAUCUCGACUGUUGGAUUUCGAGGAAAAAGAUAUUUUUUCAUACCACUUGUAAAAAGGACAAUAGUUUGUAACACUUCCAUAGAUAUAUAAAUAUACAGUACACACGGUGGUGUGUGAGUGUGUCUGUGCAGGUUGAAAGGGUUAUUUCACAGGUCUUCGUCCAAAUCUACAAUUUAACUCUAGCUUGGGACAUGACAUGAGCUGUGGAAUGACCCCUAAAUGUGUUUUUAUUGUAAAUAAGAGCAAUAUCAUGUCAGUUUAGUGCCAAUGUUCUGUAAAGUCUUUUAUUUCUGCUUAAAGAUUGAAGUAUGCUGAUUUGUUGUCAAUUUAAAAGAUUUCUUCCUCUA